AUGCAUCUUAUCGAGGCAACAGUAACUCCUGUUACAACAAAUAGUCACAUACUUUCUAUACAUGAACACCAUUGCCAAGUACUCCAAAACCGCCAACAAAAUAGACGACAAACAAUAGAAAAUAGUAUUAAUAUAUCAACAUUUGAACCAACUGAAACACGAAUGGAAAACCUUGAUAAUAAAAAGUCAGGCCCUCACGAGGGUUAUGUGUUAGUGACUGGUGGUGCUGGUUACAUUGGAAGUCAUACCGUUUUAGAACUUUUAAUAUGUGGUUAUAAUGUCGUUGUUGUAGAUAAUUUGUCGAAUGCAUGUGAAGAAUCCUUAAUUCGCGUUCAAAAGCUUGCAAGACGACCAUUGAAAUUUCAUCAUGCAAAUAUUUUGGAUGAAAAGACAUUAAUCCCAAUAUUCGAAAAAUAUAAUAUUUGGGCUGUUUUACAUUUUGCUGCUCUUAAAGCUGUUGGAGAGUCCACAAAAAUUCCACUCGACUAUUACUGGAAUAAUGUGACUGGUUCGUUGAAUUUGUUUAGAAUAAUGGAACGAUUUGGUGUUUAUAAUAUAGUAUUCUCUAGUAGUGCUACUGUAUAUGGUCAUCCAGAUACAAUUCCUGUAAAUGAGAAAUGUAGCUUAGGCCCAGUUACAAAUCCAUAUGGCAAGACAAAGUUAUUUAUAGAGGAGGCAAUACGAGAUAUGUGUGCUGCAAAUAAUAAAUGGAAUGCCAUACUUUUAAGAUACUUCAAUCCUACAGGUGCUCAUCCAUCUGGUAUUAUUGGAGAAAACCCUCGUGGCAUUCCAAAUAAUCUAAUGCCCUAUGUAAGUCAAGUUGUUCAAGGUCGUUUACCUUUUGUUAAUAUUUUUGGCGGUGAUUAUGACACAGUUGACGGUACAGGUGUAAGAGAUUACAUUCACGUUUGUGACUUAGCGACAGGCCAUGUGGCUGCACUUCGAAAAUUAAAAAUAAAACCUGGCUGUGUAGCUUAUAAUCUUGGUACAGGUGUUGGAUACUCUGUUCUAGAAAUAAUUCAGGCCAUGUCAAGAGCAUGUGGUAAAGAGAUUCCUUAUAAAAUCACAAAGAGGCGUCCUGGUGACAUCGGUGUUGUAACAGCAGAUGCAAGUCUGGCAAAUGUUGAAUUAGGUUGGUACCCAAAGUAUAACCUAGAUCAGAUGUGUCAAGAUCUUUGGCGAUGGAUUGAAUCCAAUCCAUUAGGAUAUCCAGAGCCAUCCAAUGAAGCAAAACAAAUUUUACAAAAACUAUCAACUUGA